UUGCCUCCCUUAAGUUCUCUACCUCCAUAUUUUACUCUCAUUGCUACUGUAUAGUAUUUUUCCAGCCAUCCUUCAGUCAACAUUUUAGAUGUGCUAUAAAGUGUUGUGGAUUGUUAAAAAAAAAAUUCGAUCUUCUGCGAUUUCUUCUCGCUCAGCUAACCUUCUUUAUUUUUUUUUUUAAAAACGAAAAAAUCUUAUGUGAUUUUUUACUCUCUGCGCUAACCUCACUUUUUUACCGCCAUUCAUCCCCUUCCAGUUUAUCUUACCGCACUUCAGUGAAGUCCAUGUUCUCUUACGCCAUUUCAGCACUUCAUCCUAUCAUUUUUUUUAUUUUUGCCCUCAUUGGUACUGUGAUGAGCGAUAAAUUGUUAAAAAAUAUGGGAUAAAAUGUUUGGCGAAGGUUCCUAGAUGACCCUCUUUUCGUUCGAUUCCUGCUCUCUUCAUUGAAGAAGAUACAUUUUUGGUCCCCUCUUUUCGUUCUCUUCCGCCUCUCUCUCUCUCUCUUUCUAGCGGAGGUUCCUAUGUGAAAAAAAAGGAACAACAAUAGAAUCUUUUGUCUUUAGAGUUUACUGAUGAAAUAACUAAGAUGUUAUCAUCCCUUUAUUAAACAAUCAGGAUUACGCUUUCAUUCGAAGCCAGCAGUACGAAGUUCAUCCGUAAAAAAGGUUCCGACAGCUCAAUAUCGACCAUCAACAAAGAUAAGUCAUAUAGAGAUUAAUCUAGAAAACGAGUGAUUCUUCAGCAACAAAGGAAAUGGACGGCGACGACGAAGCAGAUCCCCCUAUUUCUCAUGUGACUUCACAUGUAACCGAUACUUGGGCUUUUACUCCUCGGAGAAAAUUUUCAAUUGUGACUACCCACAAAAACGCUGCACUGGCACGACAACAACGUAAAAGAGCGUUAGACCAGUGGCGAUUACUCACCCGAGGUCCUGCCAAAAGUAUUAGAACACCAAUGAAUUGUGGUUAUUUUCCUGAAGAGUACAUAGCUGCCCUUAAAGGACGCCAUAUGACAAUGCAAGAAUACUAUUGCUAUCAAUUCCAUUAUAGGAAGAAUCAGCCAAAUCCGUACCUAUGCUAUGGUCUGUUAUCAAGCCAAGCCAAAGUUGAUGCACGUGCUGCUAUUGAGGAGAGUAGACUUCACUACAUUGCUCAAAAUCAAAGAAACUUACGAAUGGAAAGUAUCCAAGGAAUAGCAGAUGCUGUUAGCCGUGGAUGCAUAAAUGGCGAUGAAAUGGGAAAAAGAGUUGUUCUUCCAGCAUCGCACAUUGGAGGACGACGCUAUAUGAUUCAAAAUUACCAUGACGGUCUAGCAAUUUGUGGAAAGUAUGGUCCUCCUGACUUUUUUGUUACAUUUACAUGUAACCCUUCAUGGCCUGAAAUUACUGAAAGUAUCUUUCAGCAUGGUCAAACAGCUCCUGACAGAUCAGACGUAGUUACACGGGUCUUCCAUCUAAAGCUUCAUGAAUUACUUCAGGAUAUUAGAUCAGGAACUAUCUUUGGUCCGUUACUGGCAGUGUUACAUACCGUUGAAUUCCAAAAACGUGGCUUGCCUCAUGCACACAUUAUAUUUUGGGUCUCCACUGACACUUCUCAACCAACACCUGAGCUAAUUGACUCAUUUAUAACUGCUGAGAUACCAGAUCCAGAAACUGAUCCGCUAGGGUACGCCUUAGUUGCUGAACAUAUGGUCCAUGGCCCAUGUGGAAAUUACAACAAACAUGCUCCUUGCAUGAAAAAUGGUCGAUGUUCAAAAAACUAUCCAAAAAAACUUCAAGAGGAAACUUCCUUUGAUGAGAAUGGCUUUGUUCUUUACAGAAGAAGAAAUAAUGGACGUGUUGUUUUCAAAAAUAAGAUUGCACUGGAUAAUAGGUACAUUGUGCCUUCAAAUUUGUUGUUAUUGAAAAAAUUUGGUGCACAUACAAAUGUUGAAUGGUGCAACAAAACCAUCUUUAUAAAAUACCUUUUCAAAUAUGUGACCAAAGGACCAGAUCGUAGCAAAAUGUUUCUUCAGAGGAUUCAGAGCGGCGAAGAUGUUCCUUAUGAUGAAGAAACUGAUGCAAGAAAUGAAAUCAAAGAAUACAUUGACAGUAGAUACCUUUGUGACAUUGAUUCUUGCUGGCGAGUAUUUGGGUUUGAGAUACAUAGACAUUACCCAGCUGUUGAAAGAAUGCAUGUUCAUUUACCAAAUGAAAAUUAUAUAACAUAUAAUACUUCAGCUAACAUGGCAGGCAUAUUGUCACAAUCAUUUCUCAGGAAAACCAUGCUUACUGAAUGGUUUACCACUAAUCAACAACAUUCUAAUGCUAGAAAUCUUACAUACUCUCAAUUCCCAUCAAAAUGGAGAUGGGACGACAAGACCAGAACUUGGCAUCCUAGACAAACAAGAGAAGGCAAGAUAGGACGUCUAUACUAUGUGCAUCCCCUGGCAGGUGACAAGUAUUACCUUAGAAUGCUUUUGUUAGUUGUCAAAGGUGCACGCAGUUAUGAGGAGGUUCGGACCUACAACAAUAUUGUCUAUAAUACCUUCAAAGAAGCAUGCAAAGCACGUGGGCUCCUUGGUGAUGAUCAAGAAUGGUUGGCUGCUUUCAAUGAAGCUGCUACUUGGGCAACGUCUUCUCAGCUAAGACAACUUUUUGUCACAAUGCUUCUUUAUUGUCAGGUAGCCGAUGAGUAUACACUUUUUGGGAAAGUUUGGAAAUACCUAGCUGAUGACAUCGAAUAUAAUAUUCGUAAGGCACUUAACCAGACUAAUUAUCAGAUACCAGAAGAUGAUCUCAAGAAUUAUUUACUAGAUAAGCUAGCAGUUUUAUUUAACAAGAGUGGCGGCAACAUUCAUGACUUCAACCUCCCAAGGAAAACCGACAACCUAGAAGGUAGAAAUGUCAAUCAUUUACUCAAAGAAGAGUUGUCAUAUGAUGCAAACAGCCUUUCAUAUGAAUCUGAAGUCCUAAUUUAUCAAUUAAACACAGAACAAAUGAAAGCCUUUAACACUAUUGUGGAAAAUGUGCUAUCUGGACAGCCUGGCUUCUACUUUGUUUCGGGGUAUGGUGGGACUGGAAAAACCUUCCUUUGGAAUACCAUCGUAGCAUAUCUGCGUUCGCAGAAAAAGGUUGUUCUUACAGUUGCUUCUUCAGGGGUUGCCGCAUUACUCCUUCCAGGAGGUCGUACAGCACAUUCCCGAUUUAAAAUACCAUGUGAUUUAAAUGAAACCACUACUUGCAAUAUCAAGAGAGGAACUAUGCUAGCUGAACUGAUUGAAGUUGCUUCAUUAAUCAUUUGGGACGAGGCAUUCAUGACUCAUAGAAUAGCUUUUGAAGCUCUAGACCGAACACUGCGUGAUUUACUUUCACCUCGAUGUCCUGUAGCUGAAAAAACACCUUUUGGUGGAAAGGUAGUUGUUUUGGGAGGUGAUGCUAGACAGAUACUCCCAGUUAUUGAAGGUGGUACACAAUCACAAAUUAUAGACGCAGCAAUAACUAGCUCUCCUCUAUGGACUUCUAUUACUGUCUUAUACUUGACUGAAAAUAUGAGAUUAAAAUCACCUCAUUUAGAUUCUGCAAGUAAGAAUGAAAUUGCUUCCUUUAGCAAAUGGCUCUUGGACAUAGGUGAUGGCAAAGUACCAGCACGAGCAAAAGACUCUGAAACAGAAAAAUAUUGGAUAAAAAUUCCGCAAGACAUUUUACUAACACCUCAAAAUAAUAGCCUGCAAUGCAUUGUAGACUCCGCGUAUCCAGAUCUAACAGAUAAUUAUGCAGACAUACAAUACCUGAAAGAACGUGCAAUACUUUCUCCAACGAAUGAUGUUAUAGACACAGUCAACAACUUCGUUGUCACUCUAAUACCUGGUGAUCCAAGGGAAUAUCUUAGCUGUGAUAGCAUAGUAAAAGGACCAGACAGCAACGAUUCAUAUGACUUAUUAUAUCCUGUUGAAUUCCUCAAUUCAAUUACUGGCAACAAUUUCCCUCAACAUCAGUUAAUAUUAAAAAAAGGAGUUCCAAUUAUGCUUUUGCGCAACAUUAACCAAUCCGAAGGCCUUUGCAAUGGAACAAGGUUAAUCAUUGUUACUCUAGGAGAUCUGAUUAUUGAAGCUAAGAUCAUGACUGGAAAAUAUAAGGACAAAACUGUGUUGAUUCCACGUGUUUGUUUAACUUUAAAAACACUGAAGCUACCAUUCACUCUAGAAAGAAGGCAGUAUCCCAUUAAAGUUUGCUACGCCAUGACAAUAAACAAGAGCCAAGGACAAACUUUAUCCAGUGUUGCUGUGUACUUGAAGAAACCUGUUUUUACACAUGGGCAACUAUAUGUUGCUUUCUCUAGAGUUACUUCAAAAAAAGGACUCAGAGUGCUGAUUGAAGAUGAUGAUGGCAAAUCAACAGAUGAAACCAAAAAUAUUGUUUACAGGGAAAUCUUUUCCCGGUUUCCUGCGCAUUAAGGAUGAUCUACAACUUGCUGUUCAUGUACAAAAUAAUAUCUAAAAAAUACAUUUUAUA